AUGUGCACCUCGACCAACAGCAGCUCAGCGCUGGUGGGCGUCUUCCCAGAUUACGGGAUUUCCCCAGACGAGAUCCUGGACACCACGCAGGGGCGGGCCUUCUUUGUGGCCACCAUAGUCAUUGGCGUGGUGCUGGUGGGCAUCAUGCUGGUGUGCGGCGUGGGGAACUGCCUCUUCAUCACCAGCCUCGCCCGCUACAAGCAGCUCAGAAACCUGACCAACCUGCUCAUCGCCAACCUAGCCGUGUCGGACGUGCUGGUGGCAGCGAUCUGCUGUCCCUUCCUGCUAGACUACUACGUGGUGAAGCAGCUGUCGUGGGAGCACGGCCUGCUGCUCUGUGCCUCCACCAACUACCUGCGCACCGUCUCGCUCUACGUGUCCACAAACGCUCUCCUGGCCAUCGCCGUGGACAGGUACAUGGCGAUCCUGCACCCGCUGAGGCCUCGUAUGAAGCACCAGACGGCGUGCUGCGUGAUCCUGACCAUCUGGCUCGUCCCCAUCUUCAUCUCCAUCCCGUCUGCCUACAUGGCCUCAGAGACGACGUACCCACAUGUGGACGGUUGCCCCGAUAAGACCUUCUGCGCUCAGAUCUGGCCCGUGGACCACCAGGUUUACUACCGCUCUUACUUCCUCCUCGUCUUCGCUCUGGAGUUCGUGGGCCCCGUGUCUGUCAUGGCCGUCUGCUACACCCACAUCUCCAGAGAGCUGUGGUUUAAAAAUGUUCCAGGUUUUCAGACGGUACAGAUCCGCAAGAGACUGCAGAAGCGCAGGAGGACCGUGGUGGUGCUGAUUCUGGUCCUGGUGGCCUACAUCCUGUGCUGGGCGCCGUAUUACGGUUUCACCCUGGUGCGGGACUUUUACCCCACCCUUAUCUCCACGGACAAGAACUCCCUGGUGGCCUUCUACGUCAUCGAGUGCAUCGCCAUGAGCAACGGGAUCAUCAACACCCUCUGCUUUGUGAGCGUCCGAAACAGCAGGAAGCAGCUGAAUAAGUCCAUCAAGUUCCCUCUGAGGCUGGUGAGCUUCGUGGCCACCAAGUGGCUGGAUGAAGCUGAGCCGCGGACAUCCUCCCUCCGGGUGACGGAGGAGGUGGAGGGCGGCCGGCUGAGGUACUUACCUACUUCUUCUUCUAUGGAAGGCACAAAACAUCCGGUAAAGCGGCUGCACGCAGAGACUCGGAGCUGA